AUGGAUCAAGCAGAACGCUCCCAGGCGGCCAAUUGUGAUCAGAUUCCGAUCGUUGAUCUGUCUUAUUUAUCUAGCCCAAAUAUUGAAGAGCGCCAGCAACUCGCCCAGACAAUUUACGAUGCCUGUACUCAAGUUGGAUUCUUUUACAUCAAGCAUCAUGGUAUUCCCGACAAGAUGAUCAAUGGCAUCCAUGAUGCUGCAGAACGCUUUUUUGCUCUUCCGGAGAAACAAAAAAUGGACCUCUAUAUUGGAAAUUCUCAGAAAUUCCGUGGCUACAGCCCUUUAGAGGGCGAGAAAACAACCGGCACAGACGACGACCCUAUAUCUGCUGAAGAAGCUACGGGCGUUCUCUCCGAGGCUUUUGAUAUCGGGUACGAGAUAGCGUUAGACUUUCGAAAGUCCCCAGGUGCCACUCUUGGCCCCGAUACGUAUGAAUUGUACGGAGAUAACCAGUGGCCUGAUGAGAGCACGCUUGCCGGCUUCAAGAAAACGUAUAUCGAAUAUUGUGCCACUGUUCUGGAGCUUUGUCGACAGCUUAUGAGGAUCUUCGCGCUCGCUUUGGAUGUAUCUGAGGAUUACUUUGAUUCCAAAAUUCAAAUACCGGGUGUCACUUCUAGGAUGAUGCAUUAUCCUGCUCAAACUGUAGGGGAAACACGUGAAGGUCUGGGAGCACAUACGGACUGGGAGUGUUUCACCAUUCUUUCUCAAGGCAAGGUGCCUGGGCUACAAGUCUUAAAUCAUCGCGGGGAAUGGAUCCUCGCACCUCCUAUCCCGGGAACGUUGGUUGUCAAUAUUGCCGAUUGCUUGUCAACGUGGACAAAUAAGAAGUUUAAAUCAACAAUUCAUCGUGUGACAAAUAUGUCGGGCGAAGAACGCUAUUCGAUUCCCUUUUUCUUUGGGAUUGACUAUGAUGCCACUGUAUCUGUCUUGGAGAAUCACACCUCUGAAGAUAAUCCACCUUGCAGGACACCUUUUAAGGCGGGGGAGUGGGUCCGUGAGAAGAUGUCCAAGGCAUAUGUUGGCUAUGAAGGCUAG